GUCGUCUCUCGCAGUCGCAGUACUAUUUUCGGCUACUGUAUUCCUCUUCAUCGUUCUUUCCCUUCCGCCGCUAGAAACGGCCACGCACCGCCAUUCUUUCUAUUUAUAUUCGUACAAACAUACUUGAAAAUUUACGUAUGCACACAAAAUUUUCAUGUCACAAUAACUUGAACACAACAAAUCUAGUAAAGCCCUCCCUCAAAAAUAAUGUACGGAGGUCCCUCGAAGCUCGGCCGCGGUGGGGGCGACGGACGUGGGAGCGGAGGCCCUCGGAAUCGCUCUUCAUUUCCUCCGCCGCGACACCGCUCUUCUUCUGCCACCCAAUCAGGCAGGCUUCCCCUUGGCUCCGCCCCUCGUAACCGCCCCGGUAAUGGGGGCGGUUCAGGACCCACACCGUCUGUCGAAGAGAGCUUUUCGCUUGUUUCUGGGAACAAUCCGUUAGCUUUCGCGAUGAUUAUAAGGUUGGCGCCAGAUUUGCUGGAGGAGAUCAGGAGGCUCGAGGCUCAAGGAGAGACGGCCAGUAUUAAAUUUGAUUCAAUUACGACUCAUCCUACUGGGAAUGUCAUUGAUGUUGGCGGUAAGAAGUUUAGGUUUACGUGGUCACGAGAACUUAGGUGAUCUGUGUGAUAUACGAAGAACGUCAAAUGGGAGAAGAUGAAAUGAUUUGCUUGUUGAAUCUGGGGGUGCAUGGCGCAAAUUGAAUGUUCAACGUGUCUUGGAUGAAUCAACCACAAAUCAAGUUAAGAUGCGGUCAGAGGAAGCUGAACGCAUGCAUAAAUCAGGCAAAGCCAUUAUAUUAGACCCUGGAAACCCAUCUAUGAAGAAUCAAAUCAAGCAAUUAGUUGCUGCUGAGGCUAGUCCAUGGAAGUCCCAUUUUAAAAAGGAGAUUUCUUCUAAGAAGGGUAGAGUUGAGACACCUCGAGCUGCAGUUGGAAGCCCUUCAAAAUCUGGCUACAAACCUGGUUUAAUUUCGGCCGCUGCUGCAAAGGGAAGACAUUCAUCUUCACCUUUACCAUCUCCACCUGAGCGCUCUGGUGCUGCAGCAUCUCCAGUUGCAAUUGGAAGUGCUACCAAGAUUCUUGCAAGCAGUGAGGAUGUUAUUCCUCCCCAGGUGAAAAGCAAAGAAAAUAUUUCUUCCAGCUCUGAGAAAGAAAUACUAACCAGGGCUACUAGUGUAGUACGUGAAAUGCAAGAGCGCAAGGGAGGACCUAAGCCAACAGAAUUGCAGAGUCUUCUUAUCAGUCUACUGAAGGAAAACCCCAAGGGGAUGAGCUUAAAGGCCUUGGAGAAAGCUGUUGGUCAUACAAUUCCAAACUCUGCACUAAAGAUUGAACCCAUUUUAAAAAAAAUUGCAACUUUCCAUGCUCCAGGAAGAUAUUUCUUGAAACCAGGAGUGGGGUUGGAAAGCUUGAAGAAAGCAUUGCUUGAAAGUGGAAGUUCGCCUGAAUAUAAUCCUAACGAGACUACAGCUCCUGAAGAAAACCAAGAUCAGACAUCAGGUCCAGCAUCAUUAUCAGUGGAGAAAGUUAGUCAUGAUGAAAUGGAGAAACAGACCCAUUUAUACCCAAAACUUACCGAAGAAUCGAAUGCAUUGGAACAAAUUGACAUCCAACAACAUUCACCUGAUUUGGGUGGUGAGAGAAAUGUUUCUGAAAAUAGUGAGGGGCCAGCAAAUAGUGCUACUGACAGUGGCAGUGAUAGUGACAGUGACAGCAGUGACAGUGGAAGCCACAGCAGGAGUGCAAGCCCGGCAGCAAGUGGGAGCGGUAGUAGUGAAAGUGAUGCUUCUUCCAACAGCAAGCAAGGGUCUGAUGAGGAUGUAGAUAUAAUGACAAGCGACGAUGAGAAAGAGACUAAGCAGGAUAUACCAACAUGUGAACCAGGACUUUUGUCUUCACCUGUACAAUGUCAGGCAGAACUUGACAGGUCCCUGCAGAACGGAAUGGAUGAAAAUCAAGAUGAUGGAUCUGAUGCAAUUAAUAUUGAAGACAAUGGAUCGGAUGCUGUUGACAUUGAACAAGACUUGCCUGAAGAUGAACAGGAAACUGGAAGGGCUACCAACACAAACAAAGAAUGUGAUAAACAUGAGGAAGGGACAAAACCCUCGUCAUCUGAUCAUGAUGAAUUCCAGGAGCCCCAAAACUUCAUAGGGAAUUUGUUUGAUGAUACAGAAAACAUGGUUACGGAUAGCAUCAGAAAUGAACAAUCUGAUUACUCGGUGAAGAGCAAAGGUAAAUGUAAAAGGGGAUCUGAUUCGAAGCACAUUUAUGAGAAGUCUGAGCGUUCUAAAAGAUUGAAGUCUGAAAGCAUGUCUCAGCAACCUGUUUCAGGGAGUAGAGAUGCAGAGUUCUUUAGCAGUAGUAGACCCAUAGAUGAGCCUUACCAAAGCUCAAAUAAAGGUUACAUGGAAUAUGCCGACUCUCAAAAGGGAUACAAUCAGGUGUUUCCCAGGAAAUAUAGUACAGAUUUUCAUCAAUCAGGUCGUAAGUCAUCUUAUCCAGGUGUUCGGACUAAAGCUGUUAAUACAGCUGAAAGGCCUUUGAAACAUACUGAGAGUUCAGGACCUGCUAGUAAGUUCACUGAGAAAAAUGUGCAUGGAGGUUAUGUCAUUCAAAAAGAUGACCCUUCUAGGGACACCCAAAUUGAGGAUGGUUUAGUGAAUGAAAAAAGUUCACUGACAAAUCCUAAAGGUGGUGCUCGAGGUAAAGAUGCCGGGCCUUCUGAUUUCCAGCACAGAAAACAUGGUGAAACUGUUGGAAAGUCCAAGAACUCUGGACAAAUUUCUGGCUCAUAUAUUAAUUCUUCUCCGAAGGAUAACAGCAGGGUUAGUGAAGAUAAAUAUCUAGCUAAUGGUAAAAGCAACGUUCUCCAACGAGAGCUUUCGCAAUUGGAGUUGGGUGAGAUUCGUGAGCCGCUGAUUGAGGAAACUCCUACACAGAAGCAAAUUGAAAGUAAAGCUUCUGUUAAACAGUCAGGUGGUAGACCAAGCACCUCAGAGAACUCUAAUCCCGAUCUAAGCAUGGGAAAACCUUUUGGGAAGGCAAAUUGGGAUUCAGGGAAAUCAUCUUCGCCUAAUCUAAGUGGGCUUAAAAGAACACCAGAACAUCUUGUUGAAGUUGGGUCCCAGUUUAACAGAUUGGCUGAUACUGGUAAAACCAAGAAAACAGACACUGAUGCAAAACUGGGAGUUGGCCUGGAGGAUUACGGUGAAAGCCAUAAGAAAGCACCAGCUAGUGCCCCGCAACAGAAGGAAUCUAAACGAGUACCAGCGUCCCAGCUCAUGAAGGAAAGUAAAAUAUCAGCAACAAAUAAAAUACUGGAUACGACUGAUACGCGAAAGGAUGUGGUUCUGAAAGAGGGUAAUGUAAAUGGUCUAAAGAAAAGAGGUUGUUCAGAUGAAGACUAUUUACUUUAUUUUAAGUAUGAAAAAGAUGAGCCAGAGCACAAAGGACCGGUUAAGGAUUCAUCUCAGGAUGAAGAGUAUGUGAAUGAAUUUUGUGAAAAAUAUGAAUCUUAUAAGGACUUGGACAGGGUCCUACAAACCUACAGGAAUGAAUUUGAAAAGCUGGGUAAGGACCUCGAAUAUUCGAAAUGUAGGGACAACGAGAAAUAUUACAAGACCUUGGACCAAUUGAUGGAGUCUUAUCACCAAUGUGGAAUGAGACAUAAGAGACUGAAGAAAAUAUUUGUUGUGCUUCAUCAAGAACUGAAGAACCUUAAGCAGAGGCUCAGAGAGUAUGCCGAGCCACAGUCAACGGAUUGAUAUUGAAUUAUUAGAAGCCUGUCAUGUAACAGAUUGUGUCCUCUAUUUUCAUACCUGAGCUGCAAUCGGCUUAGACCUUUCUCCAUCACCUUUCAGGUAGACAUUCAUACAAACAGUGAUGUGUUGCUUUGCCUCUUGAAGAACGGAGCACUUGUAAAUGAUUAUGGUUGGUCGUUCAAGGUGAUUGGAAUGGGGCCCAUGGUCCUUGAAGGAUUGAAGGUGUAGGUUGAACCCAAAUUGGGUGUGUAUAAUGUGUACAAUUUUGGCUUUUGGCCACCAAUUUUGUUCUAGAUUUUUUUGACAGCUUCGUUUAAUCUUUUGCUUGCCACCAACAAUUUCUUUCGAUGUGUGUACAAAUUAUUGAAAA